UUCUUUUUAUAGACUGUUUGUGUACAAAAUCAUAGACAAAAUGGCGGCGAAAACCAUGAUCAGCUGACGAUCUUGUAGACCUGAACUAUUUAGUCUUGUACUUUAAUAAGCUGCCAAUUACAUUAACUCCAUCUGGAUUUAUCACAUUGAAUCAAUUAAUAUCAGAUCGAUCCUGAAUCGGUGCAUAAAAUCAUUUUCUAAAGUUCCAAAAUUUUACAAUCUUUAUAAUUCCGUGCAAUCAUUACGUCAAAUCAUACGUGUGAUCUUGGUGAAAACUGAGUUAUCUACUUUUCAAUAUAUCAAUAUAAAUUGCGAUUUGCCCAAAUUUCUAUAAUAAUUAAGAUAUUUAAACCGUUCACUAUUAGUUACAAACUUUACCACAAAACGUUUAUUGUCGCUGCUAGCGCUUCAAACAAGCCGGUUGCAGCGGACCGUGAUUCUAAAAGUGGAUAGUCUGAACUCCACUAAUUAGCGUUAGACUAAACAUUAGACGAUAUCAGCGAGAGUGGGACAGACAAAAUAAGAUUGUAUAAGUGCGAGUGAGACGGGAAACUUCGGCAAGCUUCCAAGAUGAAUUUGAUGUUUCGCAAGAACUUCAGCGGGGAGAAGGCGAGCACGGGCGGCGGUGGGGGCGGGGGAAAGGCGCGGGGUGCGCUGGGCGCAGGCAGGAACGCCAAACGGCGCGAGCGCGACAGGUUCUGUAUGGAGGAACAUCAUUAUAGGACUCAUCUGUUCUUCUCCGCGCCUAGGACAAGCGCGCAGUACACUGACUCAGGUUAUCGAGAAUCCAUUGGAUCAGGAUGGCAAGAGCGAUGUGGUCCGGUGCUGGGCGGGGGCUCAGGGUCGGAGCCGGAGCCCCCGCAGCCGCUGGUGACGCGCGAGCCGGGCGUAUCGCUGCUGCGUUGGGACCGACCAGCUCCGGAGCGCCGCCGCGCGGAGCCCGUCCCGCUGGCCACGCUAGAGAAAGACUGCUUUGUUAUACCAGCACACGCUCUUGACAGAUUCCUGCCAGACGGUGUACCAUUGCCGGUGCCUCCCCCCACACCAGAGAAGGGCAUAACAACGAAAGCUACACAAAAUUCCCUCAGCAUCCUAGAAAUAGCGGAUCCGAAACUAUGCAUAUUGGCACAUUUAAUGAGUCCCUUGGAACCUAUAGAACCUAUUUUAGAAUCGCCACUCGCUAAACCCUUGAUAAAACAGAAAAUGGCCGCGGGAGAAUUACUCAGUGAUAUUGCUCAAGCAAAUACAGCAGUUGGUGGAAUGUUGUUAGCAAAUAUGGAAAAGAAUUCAGAGUUCCCUUUCAUAUCGUAUUACGUUAUAAAUACAACACAAACGGAUCCAUUGUUAUUUUAUAAUAACUUAAGAGGCGCGUCAUUGAGUAAAUUCGACCCGAAGACAAUUAGAUAUUCGGCAGCGCAUACGUUGGAUUUGUAUAGCGAAGUUGCAAUGAUAUGUCGACCGCCGUUCAACGAUUUAGCCGGUGGUCCGAAGAAGUCACACACACCGACAACCGGAUUUAUUAUUAGCGUGUACAAGGUUUUCGAAGGCGACGAUGGUGAACGAUUUGAAAGGAAUUGGUUAUAUUGGACAGGGGCGAGAAUGUUGUAUCGACAUUUGCCUCACACAGUCGGAAUGAGGAAGAUCGCCCUCCACAAAUCUGUGGCAGCGCACGGCGACAAAAUGUACCUGUUGGUCUGCGAGUGUGCCAACUUGUUGGACGACUUGUCCGGCGCGGCAAUGCUAGUGACGGCCCUCCGAGCUCGUCUUUGUGGCUACACCGGCUUAUACAAACCCAUACAAACAUUCUAGUAGAGGGCCCAAGGCCAGGGCCUUGAAUGUGUAACGGACUUUUCGGGAUUUCAAUUAUCCUCAACAGAUGGAGUUGUUUUCACUUAAACACGUUUGAAAUUUAAUAAUGCAAUAAUUUAAUAUGUAAGUUCUAAUUCUAUUAAACACAAUUCGCGAAUUUUUCAAUAAAAUUAGAUAGUAAAUAGUAGUCAAUUUGCUUAAAUAAACCAAACAUUGCCGAUAAUUGCCAAUCGAUUAAAAUUUAAGUCCUAAUGCUAAUAAUGUUGCUUUUUUAAUGUUUAUUAAGGUAAUUAUGUAAGUUUACCUGGUGUUUGGACCAACAACGCUUUAUCACUUGGUCAACAUCAGCUCAAGUUGUGAGAAAUGGACCAAAGAACUAAUUAUAGAAUAUUAUGAUCGUCCACAAAGGUCGUACUAAAAAUAUCCUUUUUGCUAAAUACAAAUUGUCGGUUUUUAAUACUGUAUUUAACUGCUAACUAAAAACUUUGUGCAUGUUGUGCCAAAAAUGUACAAUUAUAGAAAAAAAUACAGACAAAUGUGUCACUUAAGAAUAAUUUAAUAGCAGUGUGAAUUUUAC